CGUUUCGACACCAGCUCCGUCGUCAGUCAGUUCCUGGUAGUACGUCCACUCCCGUUGUCUUUCGGGUUUGCCAUGUGAAAUGUAAAAAGGUCUCAAGAUAAGCACAGUUAUGGGUCAUUGUAUCCAGGAUGUACUUACAUGGUAAAUGAUAUUUGUCUUGUAACGACAUGUCAGAAAUUAAGUUAAACGGUCACACGACACCUGUAUGAACGGUUGUACUCUUCACCGUGAGAUGACUGUUGUCGCUACGGUGACAGCGCGUAUUGCAAGGUAUCAAAAGAAAAUCGGGACAUACGACAAGCAAGAAUGGGAGAAAACGGUAGAACAGAGGAUUCUAAGCGGUUUCACCCAUGUUCCGAAGAAAACUGCCAAAUUAAAAACAGACCUAAUCGAUGUAGACCUUGUGCGAGGCUCUUCCUUUACAAAGGCAAAGCCAAAGCAUGGCCUCCUCAAGGUUACUCGAUUAGCUCUAAUGAGGCUUAUAUUCCUCCCGUUGUACAUAGAAUGGUGGUCCCACCAGACAUCAUUCAAGAUGUUCUUCAUUCUUCUUAUUUUGUACAUACUGCAAAUGGCCAACAUGGCCAUGUACUUCUACGCUUAUUAUAAUCUGCCUGAAGGCACUAUUAAGGUGAAAGACUGGAUAAAGUAAUGAAAGACGUCGCAAUUAAGGCCGUUCACUCUCAACGACGUGUGUAAAUACAAGUGAAGUCGUUAUCCCAGUGGCAAUGAUGGUCAUACUCGCCAUCUUGCACUCUCAGAUUGUCUCGCCGAGAUCUUCAGGUGCCAAAGAUCUAGCUCCGUUCGAUAGUAAGGCUAGGCGUAUAAAACGGACAAAAAGACGCCCACCGAAGCUAGUUGGCUCAGAGAAGCCUUCGGAGUGUUCGUCAGAAUUCAAUGCUUUGGCUACAGAUUCAUCAAAUAAGUUUAACAUGAGAGUAAGACUGAGAAAGCUUUCAUUUGAAGACAGCAAUAAAAAUAACAUAAGAAGGCGAAGAAGCGUCGGUUGGGAAACUUCCUCUGCAAAACCAAGCCUUUCUCCUGCAAAAGAGGAAAGCAAAGGAAGUCCUCACCAUGAUCAACGAAAUCAGAGGGACGAGAGUGUUAACCCUCAGGAUGACGAUGGCUUCGAAAGCCUCAACAGCCAUGGUUCGAACGAAGAACGUGCAGUAGAGGCAAGUGAUAAUUCUGUGAUAGCCAAAGAGAAUGAGCAGGAGGUGAAGAAGGCGGAACCCGAGGCAGUAUUUAGAAACAAUUGGCUCGAACAGUCAGCAAGGCGAGCUUCGAUAGUUGGAUGUAAUCAUUUAAGUUCAGGUGAGACAGAUCAUCAAGAUUCAGAUUCAGAGGGCAGCAAUGAACCAGUUCAGGAAAGAUUGAUAGUGCGCAGACGUGGUUUACUCCAAUCGUUGCACCUGGCCGUUGUCGGGGAGACACAGGCGGAGAGCUCAUACAACAGUAGCGAUGAGGGUGAAACGGGCAGCUUCUGCCCUGCACUCACUGAAGGGACGACGAGUGCUGCCGAGUGGAUUGGAAUCACGACAAACUCUGAGGACUGCUCGGUCAGCUCGGAGAUCGACGAACACCCAUUCGCUUCAGAGUUUCACAUGUCGCCCUCUGCAAUUCUUAGCCCAAGUUGUGCCGCUUCGGAUAAAGUGAGUUGUACUAUGUGGGAAAAACGAGAAGUUAAAAAAGCAGAAUUGUCUGUAUUGGAUAUCAGUUCGGCAAUCAUUGCAAGGGUUGAAGCAAUGCCUGAACAUAUUGACUACUUUUACGCAGGAAUAUUUGUUUCAAUAUUUCUGGGACUAGUGCCAUCAUUGUAUAGACUGACUGAGGCAGCCCUUCCUGCUUUUCCAGACUGCUUCGGUGAUCCGAACCCUCCUUCAGCUUUACUUGAAUACCUCGCUUCUCUCUUUUAUAUCACUUUUGGUACCAAUACUUGGGAAAUGGUUAUAACUUUGAUAACACUAUUUGAAAGAACAGCAAUUUCUUCUCUUUUCUUCUUUCUAAUUGUUGUGGCUGAGAGGACUUUUAAACAGAGAUUUCUCUAUGCAAAGUUUUUCUCCCAUUUGACAUCAUUUAGAAGGGCCAGGAAAUCAGAACUACCUCAUUUCAGAUUGAACAAAGUCAGAAAUAUAAAGACCUGGCUUUCUGUACGAUCUUAUUUAAGGAAACGAGGUCCACAGCAUUCCGUUGAUGUCAUAGUGUCGUCAGUAUUUUUAAUAACCCUCCUCCUUUUGUCGUACUUGGCUGUGGAACACUUGAAAGAAUCUGAGAAAAUGAGCCCGCAUUGCAAUAUCGAAGCCCUGGUUUGGAGCGUCAUACUCAGUUUCUUCCUUCUCAGGUUCAUGACGCUAGGGACAAAGGUGAACAAAAAGUACAGGAAUUUAUCGGUUCUCAUCACAGAACAGAUCAACCUCUAUUUGCAAAUAGAACAAAAGCCAAAUAAAAAAGAGGAGCUGAUGGUGGCUAACAGCGUUCUGAAGCUUGCCGCCGACCUACUCAAGGAGCUUGAAUCGCCUUACAAAAUAUCAGGAUUCUCCGCCAAUCCUUAUUUAUAUACAAUAACGAAAGUUGUGAUAUUAAGCGCCCUUUCAGGAGUCCUUUCCGAGAUGUUGGGAUUCAAACUCAAAUUACACAAAAUCAAAAUUAAGUGAGAAAAUAGAAGUCAACAAAUAUAUGAAGCUAAUGACUUAAUUUUAAAAUAAAUAAUCGUUAAUUAGAAACUAAAUAAAUAUUUCAUGAAGUGGCCAAAUAAUUUUUUUUUUAAUAAGUAAAAAGUCACUUUACUCAGAAGGUCAAAAAAUAUUCUAGUAUUUUAUUUUUAUUUUUAUAACUGACCAUACCUCUUUUAUGCCAUUGUGAAAAUCAACUAGCGUUGAUUAGCUCAAUUGUUUUUAUUGAUAGACCAACCCAUUUCUUAGAAAUGAAUUUAAUAUUGUUUUUAUUUUAUUCUAGCUGUUAAUAGAUUUUAAAUUUAAUGUGUUAAUAAUUAGUAUGUAAUUAUUGAAGAAGAAAUAAAUAUAAAACGUUGAUCUCAAUAAAUGAAGUUGGCUUUGGCAAUGGUUAUGAAGUUACGAGGGAAGGAUUAUCAAAUAAUUGUUUUCCCAGAAAAAGUAGAAUGUUUUAAUUUUGUUAUAAAAACCAGUCUUGUAUAGUUUUGUAAUAUUUAUACUUUAUCGUUAAAACGUCCCCUUUGACGUGUAACAUUUCAUUUAUAAAAACAGUACAAAUUAACUGAUUAUUUGUACUUAACUUCUUUAUAUGCAAUGUUUAUAUUAAUUAAGGAUGUAAUUAUUUAUGUUAUUUAAUGUCAGAUUUACUCGCUGUUAAUAUGAUCGAUUAUUUAGAAAAUGUAUUUUCCUAAUUUGAACUGUUGGCAGUAUUCAAUGAACUUCAUUUAUUCUGAGAUAAAUGCUAGGCAGUUUAUUAAAAAAAAAAUCUAAUAAGAAAAUAAUGUUGAUAAAGAAACAAGAGUUAUUCUUGUGAAUAGACAGUGUAUAGUCUUAAUGUUUAAGGUUUUGUUUUUCAGUUAAAAAAAAGAUAAAAAAAAUUAUUAUGUUUCUGUUUUGUUUUGAGGAUGUGAUAAGAUCAAAAGAGGGAACAGAAAAAAAAAACUUUUACAUUAAUACGGUUGCAUAUCAUGAUUUUUAAAUAAGCAAAACUUUAUUAUGACAGAAAUAUAUAUAUAUUGAUUGAAUAAAAGAAUGGUUAUCAAGGAGAAUUGGUAUAUUUGGAUAUGUGUUAUGAAAAUGAUAAUUGUAUAUUGUAUUUAUUUUAAAAAAAUUUCCUUUUUAUUAAAUAAAAUCGAAUAAUUAUAAAAA